CCCGGGAUAGGCUCCGGACCACCGCGACCCUGACCGGGACGAGCGACAGUGAGCGAGAGCGCGAACAACACUAAGAAUUCCAAGUGAAGGAGGAGAGAAAGUCUCGCGCAGAGAGGACCUAGUGAUGUGAACGAAAGGCGCUGACAGCGACCUGUCCUGCGCAUCCCUGGCAACGGCGUCUUAACGACGGAAAUCACGGCUCGAAGCAUCAGAGUCCCGCGGAGCCCCGCAGCGCGAGCUGGAAUUCGAAGGUAGGCGAUGUCGCAGGCUGAUGUGUGGGUGGGUUCCUGGCGGCCCCACAAACGGAGGGGCCCCAUCGCAGCUCUCUACAGCAGCCCGGGACCCAAAUACGCCCUUCCAGGAGCUACAGGUGUCAAUUGUCACGACCCGAGAAAACGGAAAGCGCCGGCAUUCAGCUUUGGCCUUUGCCAUAAGCAGUUUUCAUCGGACUGUUCUCCUGGUCCCACCUACCUGAUCCCCUCAAACGUCACCAAGAUAGGAAGGCAAGGCAGCCCCGCCUACUCAAUCUACGGCCGUCCCAAAGAUCCGCCGCUCUUCCAGACCCCUGGACCAGGCUGGUACUCUCCGGAAAAGUCAGGGAAAUCGACGUUUCGCUGUGCCCCAGCUUACUCGCUUUCCGCACGAACCAAAGGCUUCUGCCAGGACCAGACACCAGGACCUGCUGCCUACAUGCUGCCUUCUGUACUGGGACCCAACGCAGUGAACAAGACCUCUGCCCCUAAUUUCUCCAUCACGGGCCGGAGGAAAAUUGGAAGCUUCUGCGAAGAUCUUCAGAAGACGCCAGGGCCCGCAGCAUACCGUGUGGUAGAUCCUGGCACUUACAAGUCCAAGUCACCCCGGUACAGCCUGACUGGACGCAACAGCAUGCCCGGAGACACCACGCAGAAACCAGGACCCGGGGCCCACCGCCCCGAAGAGGUGACUUUCACACGGGGCAAGGCUCCCAGCUACUCUUUUGGAAUCCGGCACUCGGAGUUCAUCGCACCGCUCAUUAUCGAUGUGUCAGAGUGAAUCAUUCUCAUUUCCUCUGGACCUCACCUGCUUCUGGAACAAAAUGCUGAAAUGUAUUAUAAUGCAAAAUACUGUAUGCAUUCAGGGAACUUUCUUAUUCUGAGUCACGGAUAUUGUGAAACAUGAGGCCUUGACCUACAUGUUCCGCAGCUGUACUUUGAAUUGGAGGAACCCAGUUUGGUAAGAGGACAAACUGAAACCAUAAUGUAAUGAUACGUAAGGUAAUCUCUGGAUGAUGAAGAGUUUGCCAAACAGCAGCAGCAAUAAUCAGUAUUUCAAAGGAUCAACUGUCAUGAAUUUAUGAGAGAAUCAUUAGCACUUAGGAUAGCAACACUUUUUUUUUUUUCCACCUGU